CGCCGCUUCUCUCUAUAGGAGCGGACCGAGAGGUCUGUCCUCAUUUCGAUUGGAAAAGGCGGCGAGAGGUACGUGGUGUGUGAGAGAGAAAAAAAAUAAUAUUCUUAAUCAUUGUAAUCAUCAUCAGAUCCCAGCUCCUGCACAGAUUCACAUAUACAGGAGUGAGAGCCUCGCUCUGGGACAUCCAGAUCUAACCUCGACCUACCUAGAGCAGCUCCGGGAGAUCCAGAAGCACCGGGAGACAGCGAGCCCCGGCUUCGGGAAGACCCCACCGCCCUUUGAACGCAGCAGUUGCGAAAAGCGCAGGGGAAGACCCCCCUGGACCGGGCGGCGGCAGCAGCUUCUAAUCUUUACCCAGUGCAAGCGGGCACCGACAGAGAGUGUGUGUGUGGAGACUGAAGGAGAAAAUUAACACACACGCACGUUUGUAACAGCGGGAUUUACUCACUUUGCAGCGAUUUUUUUUUAAAAAAGUCAUUUUUAUUUUUAUUCCGGACGGAAGAACUGCUGAACAUAUUUUCUGUUUGUUCGUUUCCACAUUCCACCCCUCCUUCUCCGUUGUUGCAUUUCUUUAAGAAAAAUAUUUGAGAGCAUUUUCUCUGGUGAAAGAGUAUCACCCUAGGAAAGGCGGAUAAGGGUAUUUUGGACGGCGGGGAUUCCACUUGGCGAUGCUGCUCUCCAAGAAAAUCGGAUCGUUUGCACACAUUUGCAGCCCAGCCAGCAUGGACUUGCCGGUUAAAAUCCAGUUGCAGCAAGUGAAGGAGCGGGAGCCUUUUGAGAAAGUCUAUCAGAUCGGGGCAGUGCUGGGCAGUGGAGGUUUCGGCACCGUCUACAGUGGCAUACGGCUCAGUGAUGGGCUCCCGGUCGCUGUCAAACAUGUAGCCAAAGAGCGAGUGACCGAAUGGGGCUCCCUUAAUGGCAGUCUGGUGCCUUUGGAGAUUGUGCUCCUUAAGAAGGUGGCCGGAGGAUUCCGAGGGGUGAUUAAAAUGCUGGAUUGGUACGAGCGAGGAGACGGCUUCUUGCUGAUCAUGGAGCGACCGGAGCUGGUCAAGGAUCUGUUUGAUUUUAUCACCGAGAAGGGGGCUUUGGAGGAGGAGCUGGCCCGGGUCUUUUUCAGACAGGUCCUGGAGGCGGUCCGACACUGCUACAACUGCGGAGUGGUCCACCGGGAUAUCAAAGACGAAAAUUUGCUGGUGGACCUUCGCUCCGGGGAGCUCAAACUCAUCGACUUCGGCUCAGGGGCGCUGCUCAAGGACACGGUCUACACCGAUUUUGACGGCACGAGAGUGUACAGCCCUCCUGAGUGGAUUCGCUACCAUCGAUACCACGGCAGAUCAGCCACUGUGUGGUCCUUGGGAGUACUGCUGUAUGACAUGGUGUGUGGGGAUAUCCCUUUUGAACAGGAUGAGGAAAUUUUGCGUGGCCAAGUGUACUUCAGGAGGAGAAUUUCUUCAGAAUGUCAGCAUUUGAUCAAGUGGUGCCUUGCUCUGAGGCCUUCUGAGAGACCGAUGCUUGAACAGAUCUUUGACCAUCCAUGGAUGCGGAAGGCAGAAGUGGUUAAAACUGAAGACUGUGAUAUCAGGCUGCUAAGCCUAGGCCAUGAGCACUCAAGCACAAGUUCAAGCAAGGAGAGCCUGUGAACCAUCAAAAUGCCUCGCAGCAGGAGGGGAACUGUGUAUGCUAAAGGACGCUGUGCUGGUGUCACCAGCUUGAUGUGGGAGGGGAAUGAUAGUUGCUCUGACAUCCAGACCAGUGGGGGGGGGGGGGGGGGGUGGUGUGGUGGUGGGUGGAAUCUGACUGCUGGUUACUGCUCUGAACAAAUUUUGUUUUCUGUUGGGAACAUUUAGAGUUUGGGAGAAGCAGGCCAGUACUUGGCUAUGACUGACCUUUUUUUUAAAAGCAAAAAGUGACCUCCAAACAAUGCAAACUCUGCUCUCAUAGAGCCUGGACUAAAUGUUCUUUGCUUUCUGAGUGCCUUUUGAAAGCUGCUUUAAUUCACUGGUGAUGAAUACUUGAACACAUUCUAUUCCCCUUCUAUCUUUGCUGCUCAGAAUACUUCAGUCUGCACAACUAAGGGUGUGCAUGGGGAUGCCAGAACCUGGUCUGUCAGCAAUGUUGGUUUUUCUUUUUUUUCCCAAUAGUCAUCACAACCACUAGGCAGCAGGCCCUUUUGAGUUUCUCUCCUCUUCCGUCAACCUGCGAGUUUCAUUUGUUAUGUGGCCAAGGCAUGUCGGGGCAUGGUUGUAUGCACAAUCAAUGCAAUUCAAGGACACUUUCAAGACUGUAUAUUGUAUGAAAUGUAAAUUGUUUCAUUAUGUAUUUUAAUCUGGUUUUUAUUUAUUUUUAUUCUGAAAAGUUAGACUGUCCACAGAUUUCAUGUGGCUAUUUAUUUGUUUAAUUUAUUUUAGAAGUUUCCAAACUGCUGUUCUGCUUCCAUGACACCUGUUUGGUUUGUCUAUGGUAUAUUUCUGCAUUCCUGUUUCUUUUUUCUGCAUACUUAAUAUACUGUGCACAUUUCAGUGGAUUGUCAUGUUAGUGGAAGGUGAAUGGAAGCUUGUGUCCAAAAGCUAUUCUUUUAAAAGGGCAAUAGAUGGAUUUUAUUUUCCUGACUUUGGCAUUUAACCAAGGUUCUUCAUGGCUGUUUGAUUAGUGUAAAGUAAUACAGUUGGAAAGGUUUUAAAUUAUUGAAGUUGUACAGUCUCCAUCAUUGGCUUUAGGAAGGUAGAGUGGCAGUCGACCUUUUUUAAUUUAUUUCAAUAGCUGUGUUUUGUGCACUAGGUCUAGUUGCAUUUAUGCAGCUUGGAUUUGGGAGUUGUUUUUCCAAUUUAGCUGUGUGAAAUAAAUAAUGGAUGGAGAACAUAUUUUUUUAUAUGAGCAUUUCAAUUAAAGUUCACUUUUUGUACA